UUGGUCAUUCUACAGAAACAUUUUCAGUUAAUAAGCUACUACACUGAGUUAGGUUCUAAAGUUUCUGCACAAUUCGUCUACAAGUUGGAUACAAGCUGUGCCGAUCCAGUGGGUACAGAGCCACUUAAAAUUCCGUCAGAUCUAUAUAUAUAUCCAAUCAACGUGGCGAGGAAUGUGGCUCGAAUGAUCAAGGGUUUUUUUCUAAGUGACAUUCCUAGUCUCUCAACGGGAUAUACUCACGCCAACAAUAGAAAAUGUGCAUUGCUUCUACAAAAGCUUAGGCCAAGAUGCAGUUUGACCAUGGCCACAACAAAAAACAUUUUAUUCUCAAAUUACGAAUUUAUAUUUUCAAAAAAUUUUGAGCAGCAGAUGAUUGCAGUGGCCGAAGUUGAAAUGAAGAAACAUCCUAAAACAGUGCUGGUUCACAGAAUAUUUGAAGUGGACGAGUCAGUUAAAGAAAUUUUAGUCUACCCAAGAAGAAAAAAUGCACUUGCAGUUCUUUUGAAAGAGGCAAAAGCUGUCGAAUUCCACUCGCGAUAUUUCAAAGAAGGUCAUACAAUACCCGGUUUAAAGGAAUGGCUUCAAAGAAAGCUUCCAGACAAUAAACCUUCCGUUGAUCGUGUAGUAGCGUUUAUCUUCAAAUACACAAGAAAAGGCUGGGAACCGCAACUCGUUUCUUUAACAACCAUUCAGUUUCACGACGAAAACUUUCCUUACUACUGCUUCGACAAUACAGUUUUGAAGUGGGAACUAUGUCGACAUAAUUAUACAUUUGCUGUAGUCAGUAAUGUUAUUAUGGUUUAUCGAGGAAUCAAGACUUCUCCAGGUAACAUGAGAAAGAUCCAACUGUUGGGAAGAAAACAGUGCAGUGAGGCUACAGUAGCUUUCAAUGAACGAAUGAUGAAGGAACACCCGGAGACACAAGAACUGUGCCCUAAAAUCUGA